AUCCAUCGUUGAAAAACAACGAACAUAAUUAUUUUCACAAUGGCCACUUCUUUUACCCUCCACUUGUUCCUCCUUUCACUAUCUCUUCUUUCACUCUUAUCUUCAUCAGUUGCAUUAACGAAGUCCCAUAUACCUAAACCCAACACCUUUGUGCUUCCCAUUGCAAAAGACCCAAAAACCCUUCAAUACUCAACUAGUAUUAAAUUGGGAACCCCUGCAGUGCCCUUAGAUCUUGUCAUUGAUAUAAGGGAGCGUUUCCUAUGGUUUGAAUGUGAUGAUUCCUACAAUUCCACAACUUACAACCCAAUCCAAUGUGGUACAAAGAAAUGCAAACAAGCUAGAGGCACGGGUUGCAUUGAUUGUACCAAUCAUCCUUUCAAAACCGGGUGCACAAACAACACUUGUGGUGUCGAACCUUUCAACCCGUUCGGUGGAUUCUUCGUGAGUGGAGACGUAGGAGAGGAUAUCUUAUCCUUCCCACGUGUCACUAGCGAUGGCCGAAGAGUUACCAACGUACGCGUGCCACGUUUCAUCUCAUCAUGUGUGUACCCAGAUAAAUUUGGUGUUCAAGGCUUUCUUGAAGGUCUAAGCAAGGGUAAAAAAGGAGUGUUAGGCCUUGCUAGAACUCUUAUUUCUUUACCAACACAAAUCGCAACUAGAUUUAAACUCGACCGGAAGUUUACAUUAUGUUUACCUUCAACUUCACAAAAGAAUGGGCUUGGGCCUGGGAGUCUCUUUGUUGGUGGGGGUCCAUAUAAUUUGGGCUCUAAUAAAGAUGAUGCUUCAAAAUUUCUUAAAUACACCCCUCUUAUUACUAACCGUCGCAGCACCGGUCCUAUAUUUGAUAACUUUCCUUCAACCGAGUACUUUAUUAAGGUGAAGUCAAUUAAGGUAGACAACAACGUUGUCAAUUUUAAUACCACGUUACUUUCUAUUAACAAACUAGGAGAAGGUGGUACCAAACUCAGCACCGUGAUUCCUCACACAACAUUACACACUUCAAUAUAUAAUCCACUUUUGAAUGCUUUUGUGAAGAAAGCUGAAAUUAGAAAGAUUAAGAGAGUGAAAGCUGUUGCACCAUUUGGAGCAUGUUUUGAUUCAAGAACAAUUAGCAAGAGUGUUAAUGGACCAAAUGUGCCAACAAUUGAUUUGGUCUUGAAGGGGGGUGUUGAAUGGAGAAUCUUUGGUGCUAAUUCAAUGGUUAAGGUUAAUGAAAAUGUGUUAUGUCUUGGAUUUGUUGAUGCGGGUUCUGAGGAAGUGGGACCAUCAGCAACUUCAAUUAUUAUUGGUGGGCAUCAAUUGGAGGAUAAUCUUGUGGAGUUUGAUCUUGUUUCCUCAAAACUUGGCUUUAGCUCCUCACUUUUACUCAACAAAGCAAGUUGUUCCCACUUUAGGGGAUUUUAAGAUUUGACUUUUCGUCUAAUUUCAUAAACCUAAUGUAUGGAAAUAAGUGUUUAGUUUACACUCAUGUAGUAGUCAUCUACAUCUAUCAAUGUGUCUAGAGUUUGUUUGGCAAAAACUCGUUGUAAUUCCAAAUAUGUAUUAUAUUUAUAUAAAAAAAAAAUCUACUAUUGAAUUUAAUAUUACCAUUCGAAACA